UCAGCGCGUAGGGCAGCCCAAAGUAGUUGUAGUCUUGCAGUGCAGAGAGAGAGUGGAGCCAAGAAAGACCCUAAUCUUUUUGAAAUGUCGUUGACAGCCAUCGGUUCCGGUGAAGAGCCACCGUCAAAGAAGCUAGCAAUAGAACCUACGACCAAUCUGCCACUCCCAGAUGAGCUAGUAUUGGGUUGCUUCGCCCGCGCCUCGAGAUUGCACUACCCGAUUCUCUCACUCGUCUCCAAGACCUUUCGUUCGCUCACUUCUUCACCGGAGCUUUACCAGACCCGAUCUCUACUAAACUGCACCGAGAACUGUCUCUACGUGUGCCUGCAGUUCCCUAAUGACCCUUGCCUCCGCUGGUUCACUCUCUGUCGGAAACCCGACAAAGCCCUUAAGAUAAAGAAGAAGAAGAAGAAGAAGAAGAAGAAGAAGAAGAGUUCAACAAGUGGCAAUGUCUUGGGUCAGGUUCGGAUUCUCGGUUCUCCUCCUCCCGUGGAAUGGUCAAAUCUCGUAGCUGUUGGUCAUAAGCUCUACGCAGUCAGAGAUGGCCCCUGCUCUUCAGACGUCUUCUUUCUCGACUGUCGAACGCACACGUGGGUUGAAACUCCGAGCUUGAGGCUUGCUCACACCUUUUCAGAGUGUGAUGGGAUGAUGUAUUUACCAGGAGGCUCCGAGAGCCCAGAUUCUCUCAACUUUGUGCAAGUGUUUGACGUAAAGACACAAACUUGGAACCCCGUGCCUCCCGAGAAGAAGAUAUUCAGACUCAGAGAUUUACAAGGAAGGGCUUACGAGAACAAUGAUGUAGCGGCGGCGUCGUCUCGUAGGUGGCUUGUGGUUGCAAGGCUAAAGGAUUGUACAACGUCCGUGGAAGGGUCUGGUACUCUCUGUUUGAUAGAGAAAGCAUUCUAUCGAUAUGCAUCAUCCAGUGGGGAGCUACUUUGGUCUAACCGUAGCACCGAAUCAGAUGUUUGGAGGAAAGUUCAAGGCUUGGAAGGACUGCCUAAGUUUACCCGCUAUUGCAAUGUUUAUUUAGUUGAAAGUGGUGGUAAGUUGGUGGUGUUUUGGGAUAAGUAUGUGCCUGCACGUGGUGGGUAUAAGGAGAAGAUGAUUUGGUGUGCAGAGAUUUCGCUGGAUACGCGCAGCAGUGAAGAGGUUUGGGGAAAGGUAGAGUGGUUCGAUGCUGUGCUUACAGUACCAAAGUCUUACAAGUUCGUGUAUUCUAUUGCCGCUACCCUUUGAAGGGAAUGAAUCAGGUUAACUACUCAUGAGACAGGUUUGAAGGGAAUUAAGCAGGUUAUGUUUUGUUAUUAUGCACUUCUUGAAGUUAUGUCAUGUUUCUUGUAGAUGAUUAAAGCUUAUUAUGUAACUGUGUAUUUGAUUUCAAACUGUUUAGGCUACUCUUUGAUGAAUGACUCAUGAGACAAGCGGCUUUCAACCUA